AUGUCGCUGCACGGGAGUCCGGGGGUGGGGAAGUCGUUGUUUCAUAGGAUAUUGGCGCGCGCGGCGUACAACGCGACGCGAGAGAGCGAUUUCGACUCGGGACGACGAGGACGACGAAACGAGGCGUGCCCGGGGGCGGGAUGCCCGGGGUAUAAGGUGAUAUUCGGUACGGACUACGUGGUGCGCGAACGCGAGACGCAGGCGAGGAUGUUGCGAGACGCGGUGACGCGACACUUGGAAAAGUAUCCCGAAUCCGUCGUCGUCGUCGAGGAGUACGAUAAGUUAGGGUGUCCGGCGCGCGGAAUGUUGAAGCAGAUGCUCGAACACGGCAGCGCGGGGACGGGGGCGAACCCGUUCGAUCGAAACGUGACGUUUGGGCGAUCGAUAUUCGUGUUGGAGGCGAAUAUGGGAUUCAUGGACGUGCACGACGCUUCGGCGGCGGGCGGCGGCGCGCCCACGGGCGACGAGCUCACGGCGUUGCAGCGCAAGCUGAAGGAUGGGUUGUUCGAAAAGUGGACGAGCGAUGGUUGCGAAGAUCGCGAGGACACGCUCAAGGUGGUCGGCGCGAUCGAUAUAUUCGUGCCCUUCGUCCCGCUCGAUCGCGCGGCGGUGAAAGCCAUCGUGCACGCGCAGCUCGAGCGACGCGGUGAGACGAAAAAAGCGCGCCGCGAGCUCGCGCGAUUGGAGUGGGACGACCGCGUGCUCGAAGCCCUCGUGAACGAGGUCGAGUUCGAGGGCGAGUACGCCAUCGAAGGCGGCAAAGAGGUUGCCAUCGUGCUGUCGCGAUGCGUCACCCGCGCGUUGCGCGUCCUCGCCGAAACCGAAAUCGCCCGCGCGGGCACCGACGGCGUCGGCGUCCGCGCGCGCGUCCUUCGCGAUCGCGUCGUGCGUCUGAAACCAUCCACCGCCCCGGCCACCGCCCCCGUCGUCGCGGUGCUCGCGUAG